UCUACAAAUUUUAGUUGUUCGCAUAUUAUUUGUAUCUUUAAUUUUCGCGUUACUUCUCUGAGUUUUCCACUGCCGCCCUUUCUUUUCCCUUUCACGCAGAAACCCUCGCCGGCAUCUUGUCCGACUCCGAUCCCCUUCGCCGGAACCUUUUUACCGCUUUAUUUUAGUUAUUUCAGAAAUGUACAAUAACUUGGGAGCCCAGCCUGGGGUACCAAGACCGCCAACAAAUCCUCAGCCAAAUCCAUUUGGCAAUUCAUUUUAUGGGGCUGGUUCUGGUCUUAUCCGAGGUGGUCUGGGUGCUUAUGGAGAGAAAAUUUUGGGAUCAAGUUCUGAGUAUGUGCAAAGCAAUAUAAGUAGAUACUUCUCUGAUCCCCAGUACUACUUUCAAGUGAACGAUCAAUAUGUGAGAAACAAAUUGAAGGUUGUUUUACUGCCAUUUCUUCACAGGGGCCAUUGGACAAGAAUAACUGAGCCAGUAGGUGGCAGGCUUUCCUAUAAACCCCCAAUUUAUGACAUAAACGCACCAGACUUAUACAUCCCAUUUAUGGCAUUUGGCACCUAUGUCGUUCUUGCUGGAUUGUCACUUGGCCUUCAAAGAAAGUUUAGCCCUGAAGCACUUAACUGGCUGUUUGUUAAGGGGUUGUUUGGCUGGUUUCUGCAAGUCUCGCUGCUGAAAGUAACAUUACUAUCACUGGGCAGUGGUGAGGCACCAUUACUUGACAUUCUUGCAUAUGCUGGGUAUGCUUUCACAGGAAUGUGUUUGGCUGUCCUCGGAAGGAUCAUAUGGAGAUAUUCUUACUACUUUUUGAUGCCAUGGGCAUGCUUAUGCAUGGGAAUCUUCUUGGUAAAGACAAUGAAGCGGGUCCUCUUUGCUGAGGUUAGAAGUUACGAUUCCAGCAAGCACCAUUAUCUUUUGCUCUUUAUUGCCCUUGCUCAAUUUCCACUUUUUACAUGGCUUGGCAACAUCAGUGUUAAUUGGCUUUUCUGAACCUGCAUCAUUGUCUGAAUUGUGUUUAUAUCCAGCUCUAAUGUGCUUUUGGGCAAGUUCUCUGGUAAAUUCUUUGGUUUUCCAUGUUCAUAAAAUAUUAAUUUACAUGUGCUGAGAAACUGAUGAAUACUUUUUUCUUUGAACGAUUGUAGCGAUUUCAGUGUUAGACAAAUUGUAAGAUCUAAAAUUAAUGCAUCAGAGAUUAAUUUUGUACUUUUA